AUGUCUAUCCAGAAAUCUGUUUCUUCUGGGGAUUCUGUGGGUGGCGUAUCCACCUCUCCCUCUCCCUCGCCCUCUCCCCAACAACAACAACAGCAGCAGCAGCAGCAGCAGCAGCAACGACAGCAACAAUUGCAGCAACAAAAUGUUUGGGGUUUAUUACGUCAUGCAAAAGAACAAGCAUUCAAGGGAGGAAUUGCUGGUGCAUCUGCACAAGUUAUAAAUGUAUUAAGUUUUAUGUGGUUAAGAACAACUAUGAAUUAUCAAUAUCGUUAUGGUGGAUCUACAACACAAGUUAUUAAAACAUUAUGGAAAGAGGCUUGGAAAACUUCAAAGCAGGUCCAUGGAGGCGAUGGUUUACAUCAACUUGUGCAGAAAGUCCGUCUGCAUGGAUUUAGUAAAUUAUAUUAUGGCUCAGUAGCUGCAUUAGGUGCAACAUGGGUUCCUUUAACUUAUAUGGCAACACUAAAAGAAGUUAUCGCUAAGGAUGGGGUUUGGGGACUUUUCUUUAGGGGUUUAGGGACUCGUAUUCUAACAAAUGGAUUGCAGGGAAUGGUUUUCUCCGUUGGAUGGAAAGCAGUUCAGGCUCAAUUGGACAAACGCUCAAGCUCAAAAGAGACAAACCCUAAACCCUAA